AUGGGCAGCACCGCAAAAGUUGCCAUUUUAAGCGUGACUUUCAUAGCGCUUCUGGCUGCUGUUGUUGCGUUGAUUGUCAUGAUGCACAGACAUUCCGAGGAAAAGGCAGAACAUACCAAACAGGACGAUGACGUAAAGGCCUCCAUUAGAGCGGUUUGCGAGCACACUGACUACAAGGAAACUUGCGUUGAAAGCCUAUCCAAAACAGGCACCCAUUCUACUGAUCCUUAUGACCACGUAAAGGCCACGUUUGAGAUCACAAUUAAGCAACUUGAGGAUGCUGCUAACAACUCCACGCUCAUGAAAGAGGUUCAUGCAGACCCGAGAACCAAUGAUGCUCUUAAGUGUUGCAAAGAGCUUGCAGAUCUUGCUGUUAUGGAUCUAAGGAGAUCUGUCGAUAAAAUGUUAGGUUUUGAUCUUAGUGACGUCGGUCAUUCCCUUGUCCAACUUAAGAUCUGGAUGAGUGGUGCGAUAACUUAUGAACAAACUUGCCUAGACGGGUUUGAAAAGACCGAAGGAGAUUCAGGAGAAAGAAUGAGAAAAUUGUUGAACAUAUCAAUGGAGUUAACUAGCAACUGCCUUGCUAUGAUCACAGAUCUCUCGCAGGCGUUUGAAAUAAUCGACACACCCCAGAAUAGUAAUCGUCGUUUGCUUCAUAUGUCCAACAACGACCUCAAUCUUCCUGAAUGGGUAGAUGAUAACGACAGGAGUAUGUUACAGAAAGCACCCAAAAAAAUCAAUCCAAACCUGACUGUUGCACAAGAUGGAAGUGGAGAUUUCUUGUCAAUUGUAGAAGCUUUGAAAGUCAUUCCUACUAAAUCAAAGAAAGGGUUUGUGCUCUAUAUCAAACAGGGCGUUUACAAUGAGAUAAUCCGAUUCCCCAAAAACUUGACUCAUCUAGUGCUCAUCGGCGAUGGCCCAGAGAAGACAAAGAUAACAGGAAACUUGAACUACAUAGACGGAGUUUCCACCUUCCACACUGCAACUGUUGCUGUUUCUGGAGACUUUUUCAUUGCCAAAGAUAUCGGAUUUGUGAACACAGCAGGUCCCGAAAAGCAUCAAGCUGUGGCUUUGCGUGUUAGUGCUGAUAGAACAAUCUUCUACAACUGCCACAUGCAUGGCUUCCAAGACACCCUUUACGCACACACCUAUCGUCAGUUCUACCGUGAUUGCACAGUCUCCGGUACGAUUGACUUUGUUUUCGGAGACAGUGCGGCGGUGUUUCAAAACUGUAUCAUGGUUGUUCGGAGGCCAAUGGAUAACCAGAAUUGCAUUGUCACAGCACAAGGAAGAAAGGAAAUGCGACAGCCAACAGGAUUGGUUCUCCAAAACUGCAGCUUUGUUGCGGAUCCUGGGUAUUUUCCGGUGAGAAUGGAACUCAAAUCCUACCUUGGACGACCAUGGAAGCAGUAUUCAAGAACCAUUAUAAUGGAAUCCUUCAUUGAUGAUUUGAUCCAGCCUCAAGGGUGGUUGCCAUGGAAUGAAACUUUUGCUUUCGAUACCCUUUAUUACAGCGAGUUUAAUAAUCAUGGACCAGGAUCUAACAAGUUGCAACGUGUGAAAUGGCCUGGCGUUAAGGAGCUAACUACAAAAAGAGUUAAACGCUUCUUGGCCGGAAAAUUCAUCACCGGUGAUACAUGGAUCCCGCCAACAGGUGUGCCUUACAACUCAGAGUUUAUGUUCGAACCCCCAAAAGAUGAUUCCAAGAAGGAUAAAGAUAAGAAGGAUAAGGAUAAGAAGGAUAAAGACAAGAAGGAUAAGAAAGAUAAGAAAGAUAAAGAUAAGAAAUCUGAUGGAGAGAAAGGAGAUGAUAAUCCAGGUAAAAAGAAAAAGAAGAAACGUAAGAAAGACAAGGGUAGAUCGAUAUCAGAGCCUCCAUCUUCAACCCCAGCACCUUCACCAGCUGAAAUUAGUCCUAGCAACAUACCUAACCAAGUACCCAACAGUGACAUAAGUGCGCCAGCUUUAAGCCCUGUAGCACUGUCACCAGAAGCAUCCCCACAAAUCAGAAAAGGAUCUUUUUUCAAUAGAAUUUUUGGAAAGAAACUCCUAUCUGGAAGAUUUUUGCUUAGAAUCUCUCAGAAAUUUUUGGCAGUUAGAACUCCCCAACAAAAUGGUAUUGCAAAAAGAAGAAACAUAACUCUCAUUGAAGCUGGAAGAACUAUGGUUGUUGAAGCUAGUCUAUCAUUAUCAUUUUGGGCUGAAGCUGUCAAUAUAGCAUGUCAUACCCAAAAUCAGUUUAUCAUUGUUAAAUAUCUGUGUUUGAAGUUUGAGGCUAAAGCUGAUGAAGGAGUGCUCCUAGGAUACUCCAGCGUAUCCAAGGCUUUCAGAGAAUUUAAUCUUUCAAGGCAAAUUGUUGAAGAAACAAUUCAUGUCACCUUUGAUGAGGACUCAUUCAUUCAUGAUCGAGUUGAUCAUCCCUCGUCAAUUCUGAAUGAUCUUACUUAUAGUCCUUCAGAACCUGUUCCUGAGCUCUUAUCAAAUAACGAUGAUCCCGUUGUUUCUAAUGUUGAUCAAUUAAUUAGUUCUCAAUCUAUCUAUGAAGAUCAGCCUGUUGUCCCUUAA